AUGAAUGACAUUGCACAGAAAACUGAGAUUCUGCUCUCUUCAUCUAAACCCGUCCAAAAAUCCUAUGUGCCCAAGCUUCACAAGGGUGAUGUAAAGGAUAAAUUUGAAGCUAUGCAGAAAGCAAGGGAAGAAAGAAAUCAAAGGAGAUCUAGAGACGAAAAGCAAAGAAGAAAAGAACAAUAUGUUAGAGAGAGAGAAUGGAACAGGAGGAAGCAGGAGAUGAAAGAAUUGCUUGGAUCCGAUGAAGAUGAUGAAGCAAAAUCAUCUAAAGCAGAAAAAGGUUACGUUCCAAAGCUAAUAGGAACAGUUAAAGGCAAGUUUGCAGAAAUGGAGAAACAAAGGCAAGAAGAAGAAAGAAAAAGAACAGAAGAAGAAAGGAAGCGCAGAAUUGAACAAGACAUGAUUGAGAAAAGAAAAAUUCAAAGAGAACUGGCAAAAAAAGCACAGGAGAUUGAUGACUUUUACAGUACGGGAACUGAAUCAGCAGCUGAGGAAGGGGACAAUUCACUACUAGUUACAGUAGUGCCUGUGAAACCCACCAAAACACCUGGGAAGAUGAAAAUAAACUUUGAGAACACUGGAAAGGAGAGAGCAGAACUAAGAGAGAAACAGGAUGAAGAAACCCAGUUACAAUCCGAGGAACAAACCCAAUUCUUUAAGGAAACCAAGAGCCUUUCAUUUGUCAUGGAUGAAAAUGAAGGUAACAGAACACAAGAGCCUCUGUCUCCUGCUAAGCUGAAAGUAACGUUUGAAGAACUUGAGAGGCAAAGACAGGAAAAUCAAAGGCGGCAAGCAGAGGAAGAAGCAAGACAGCGUUUAGAAGAGGAGAAACGUGCCUUUGAAGAGGCUAGACAGCAAAUGAUAAAUGAAGGUAGUGACGAAGAAUCCGAAAAUUCUGUUAAAGAAUUCCGUCCUGGUAAACUUAGACUUAGCUUUGAGGAGAUAGAAAGACAGAGGAGAGAAGAAGAAAAGAGGAAAGCAGAAGAUGAUGCAAGACGACGCAUAGAAGAGGAGAAGAGAGCAUUUGCUGAAGCAAGGAAGAACAUGGUGCUGGAUGACGAAUCACCAGAAAUGUUUAAAACGGUUUCCCAAGAAUCUCUCCUACCUGGUAAACUGGAAAUUAAUUUUGAGGAGCUGCUGAGACAAAAAAUGGAAGAAGAAAAGAAACGUGCAGAAGAAGAGCGCAGGCAAAAGUUGGAAAUGGAAAAGCAAGAAUUUCAACAGUUGAGACAAGAAAUGGGAGAGCUGGAAGAAGAGUCUGAAACUUUUGAGCUAAGUAAAGAAUAUGAAGAAUUAAUAAAGCUAAAAAGAAGUGGCUCUAUUCAGGCAAAAAACUUAAAAAGCAAGUUUGAAAAGAUAGGACAAUUGUCUCAAGAAGAAAUACAGAAGAAGAUUGAAGAAGAGCGAGCUAAAAGAAGAGCAAUAGAUGAAGAAAUAAGAGAACGGGAAGCCGAACAUUUUCAAGAAGAUGAAGAGGUAGAUGUGAAACCAGCCAGGAAAUCCGAGGCUCCAUUUACUCAUAAAGUAAACAUGAAGGCCCGUUUUGAGCAAAUGGCAAGAGCCAGGGAGGAAGAGGAACAGAGGAGAAUUGAAGAACAGAAAUUACUACGCAUGCAGUUUGAACAAAAAGAAAUCGAUGCAGCAUUACAGAAGAAAAGGGAAGAGGAAGAAGAAGAGGAGGGAAGUAUUAUUAAUGGUUCUACUUGUGAAGAUGAGGAGGAUCAAGCUCGAUCUGGAGCUCCCUGGUUCAAGAGAUCACUGAAAAACACAUCAGUUGUUGAUGGCGAGCCAGUGAGGUUCACAGUUAAAAUUACUGGAGAACCAAAACCUGAAGUUACAUGGUGGUUUGAGGGUGAAAUGUUGCAGGACUCUGAGGACUACCAAUAUAUUGAAAGAGGAGAAACCUAUUGCCUAUACUUGCCUGAAACCUUCCCAGAAGAUGAAGGGGAAUAUAUGUGUAAAGCAGUAAACAACAGAGGCACAUCUGCUAGCACCUGUAUUCUCACCAUUGAAAGUAAGAGUUAG